GAAAGUUACCGGUUGCAAAAUGCUGGCAGAUAGCUUGUUGAUCGUGUUUAUUUCUAUAUGUACUGCAUUUUUAGGAGAAGGUCUAACAUGGCUGCUGGUGUACAGGACAGAGAAAUACAAGAAAUUGAAAGCAGAGGUAGAGAAGCAGAGUAAAAAGUUAGAGAAGCAGAAAGAAUCAGGGGAAUCUUCAGAUAGAAGUCAUAAAAAGAAAAUAGAGCGACAAGAAGAAAAACUGAAGAACAACAGUAGAGAUUUGUCUUUGGUUAAGAUGAAGUCCAUGUUCGCCAUUGGUUUUGCCUUCACAGCACUUCUCAGCAUGUUUAACUCCAUAUUUGAUGGGCGUGUUGUGGCCAAACUUCCAUUUGUUCCCAUCUCCCUGCUGCAGGGAAUUUCCCACAGGAAUCUGGCUGGUGAGGAUUACACCGAUUGCUCCUUUAUCUUCCUCUACAUCCUCUGCACUAUGUCGAUCAGACAGAACAUUCAGAAACUGUUAGGUCUUGCCCCAUCCCGUGCUGCUAGCAAGCAGAGCUCAGGAAUAUUUGGACCUCCCCCACAGUGGGCUCAGAAAUGAGGAAUGGGAACAAGGGGGACAACUCUGAACACUACAGGGGGAAUAACUCGUCAGACAUUAGCCAUCCUGGUGAUUGCUUAAUGCCCAACGCCGUUGUGCUUGUUGUGAGAAUUUGCUGCUCCGUUUAUUCUUGCUGCAGAAGUGGAAGAAGAAACGUCGAAUAAUUUACUGUUUUUUUUUCAAAGAUAAGGGUAUAUUUGUUUCUAUCUUUCAUUCACACGAUUCGAAAUGAUUAACAGCAUUUCUGCAAAGAUACAUUACAGUACUAUUGAAUUCAUCAGUUUCGUUCUCUCAAGAGUUCUUCUCAUACCAUUACAAUUUGAAUAUUGAUUCUCUUUCAGAUAUUAAACUGAACUAUUUGACUAAAGACUGAUUCCAUUGUGUAUCAUUGCUCUUGGAUGGACCAGUUUCAGAUAUAUAUGUCACCAUUGUGUAUGUUUAAGAAUACAGAUUUAGAAUAAAACAUUUUCUUAACAGGGAUUAGUCCU